AAGGAUCGCAGCCAAAGAAAAGCUCCCAUUUCAGAAAUGUGAAGUAUUAUGACCAGUUAGUAAAUAAUGUCCACUGCAUUGAUGAAAGUAAAAACCAAGAACAUCACUUUCCUACCAUAAACCCAAAAACAUCGACUCCUUUGCUUUCCCUGUCACUAUCAGUGUCACUCCACUUUUUAGAUUUAACAAUCACUAUUACAUUUAAGACUCCUUAAACAAAUGAUCUCAUAAUAAUAAGAAUUGUUCUGCAACUUUCACCUUCCAAUACUAACAACAAUGGUUUUCUGCAAAUUCCCACCACAAUCACAUUCCCACUUUUCCCGCCUUUGCCUACCAAAACCCAGGUCCCAUUUUCUCUGUUGCUUAUCAAUUGACCCCCCAACACUUGAUUCUUCCCAGUUAAAGUUAAAGUCAAAGCAGAGAGAAGAGAAGCAAUUAAGAGUAGUUUUCGCUGCCGGUGGAGCAGGGGGGCAGAUUUUCCCUGCAGUAGCCAUUGCAGAUGAGAUCAAAAUCACAAACCCAGAUGCUCAAAUCUUGUUUAUUGGCACUGAUUCUGGGAUGGAAACCUCUGUUGUGCCGUCUUCCGGGUAUGAUUUUACCCCCAUUCCUGCCACCCCAUUAAUGCGUCCCAUUUUGUCUCUUGAAAAUCUGAGCAUCCCUUUUAAAUGGUUGAAAUCAAUGGGUGCAAGUUGGAAUAUAAUCAAGGAAUUUAAACCUCAAGUUGUGGUUGGAACUGGGGGUUAUGUCUCUUUCCCAAUUUGCCUUAUUGCUUCUCUUAAAGGCUUUAAGAUGGUUAUUCAAGAACAAAGCUCAAUUCCUGGAUUAGCUAAUUGGUUUCUUUCUUUAUUUGCUGACUUAGUUUUUGUUGCUUAUAAUUCUUCUGUUGAUUCUUUUCCUACUGAUAAGAAAAAGAUUGUUGUGACUGGUAAUCCAGUGAGGUUGUCACUUAGGAAAUUUGUAUCAGAAGCCGUGGCUAGGGCAUACUUUUUCCCUAGAUUGGCUAAGGUUUCGGAAUCUGAAGUCGUUGUGCUGCUGGUGCUUGGGGGUUCUUUUGGGGCUAAUUCCAUGAAUAUAGCUCUCUUUAAUAUUUAUAAUCAAAUGUUGGUGGACCGCCAGAAUUUGCAUAUUGUUUGGGAGACUGGUGUUGAGUCAUUCGAUGAGAUGGAAAGCCUUGUCCGAAACCAUCCUCGAUUAGUUUUGGCACCGUUUUUGCGCUCUAUGGAUAUGGCAUAUGCUGCUGCGGAUCUUGUUGUUUCUAGAGCAGGAGCAAUGACUUGUUCUGAAUUACUAGUUACAGGGAAACCCGCCAUCCUGAUUCCAUCUCCAAUUGAUGCAGAAGGACAUCAAUUUCAAAAUGCAUCUUUAAUGGCAGAUUUAGCAGGUUCAAGAAUUAUAACUGAAGAUGAACUUGACUCAACGACAUUAAGAAAUGCGAUCACCGACAUUUUGGAUAACGAGCUCCUAAUGAAAACAAUGUCAGAAAGGGCUCUACAGGCCGCAAAGCCAAAUGCUGGUGCAGAGAUAGCAGAGCGUGUGAUCGCUCUGGUUGAUCUAUCUCCUGUUGGAGCAUUAUAACUGAAGAAUGAGAUAACCACUCAACUUACAGCAGAAGCAAGGUAACACUGUGCCCUAAAGUCAUGCUAUGAGUAUCUGUGCUGCUGGCAUUAUUCGCCACAAAUGAAGUUGCCAAUUGGUUCGACAUGAAGCACGGCGUGUGGAGUACAGGCUACGUGCUUCAGGGCACUCAUAUUUCACCUUCUAUUGCUUCUAGGUAAAGACAUCAAUGUGCUACAAUAGGAGGAAAUAGUGUACGUGUAAAUUAGUUCUAUGCUUGUAUGAAUAUCGCAACUCGAAAUACAUGUGGAAGGAAAAAUUAUUAGUCUAGUCAAGCUUAUUAAACACAAGGAGAAAAUAACAUUUAGUUUGGAUAUUUAAUGAUCUCUAUUUGGUCUUUUGACUCUUUA